UUCGUUGCUACCAGAAAUCGAAAGAUUCCGCCGCAUGGAGGAAAAAGCAGGCAAUGUGGCGUGGAAGGCGACUCGCGAGGCUCGUUUCGCGCGCGUCGCGUUUCGCUCGGUUAGCGAGCGCCGCGAGUCUGCUCCGUCAAGCUCGCGACCGAUUCUCAGAUCGUCAGUCGCGCGUCGGAAAUCGCAGACGUCGCGCGUCGAAAUAUCGCGACCGCGACCGCGAUCACGGCCAUUCGCGUUCGCUUGGCUGCUUCGCAGGUAUUUCGCGGCCCGGCCGCAUCCGCGGUGAAUCCGCGAAAGACGUAUCCGCGCUGGAGGCUGCUGUUCUCGGUGUCGAGGCGACGAGACGGAACCGGAAACGGAAACGGAGGCGAAACGAGGUUCGAUCGAGAGAAGCGCCGAUGCGACGCUGCGACGCGGACCAGAGCAACGAUUUACCGAGAUAAGCCGUGGGAACGGCGAUAACGAUAGAGAAAAAAGGCGAGUUCGUCGAAGCGCGGCUGGCUCCGAGUAUCUUCGUGUGACGUAAGUCGAUAAGUCGACCCGCGAACGCCUCCUUUUCUCGUCGGCCAACGGAACGCGGAUUUUAUCACGCGCGCACCGCGAUUUCGACAAUUUCCACUCGAAACGAUCGUCAUCGUGCACCCACCCGCUCCCUCUCCUUCUCCAUCCGCUUUACGACGCGUCUCCUUCUUUAUCGCCUCUCCUUUCUUACGACGUCGAACGCGCGAAUCGUCUCGCGCCUCGUUUCUUCCUCCUUCGUUCGAGAGGAACGCGUUCAUCGCAACGAUAUACUGUUUCGAAAGCGUUCGCACGAGUUCGGGAGUCGCCGAGAGAGAAGGUAACUAGCGCGCGAGCUUAACCACGACCGCGAAACCGACAGGCUCCAAAGUCGAGAAAACGAGAGAGGAAUUUACAUCAUCGCGUAUUACGCCGACGGAAUUUCCACGGAGAGUCGUCCUUUCCUCCUUCUUUCCUUUCUUUUCGUUCCUCUCUUUCCUAUCCUUUUUCUCUUUCUUCGCUUUCUUCGCUUUCUUCGCUUUCUUCUCUUUCUUCUCUUUCUUCGCUUUGUUUUCGCGCUCGAACGCGCCGCAUAGGUGUACGCGCGUCUCUCUCCGAGUCGAAACCGAGAUCGAACGCGCGCGCGCGCGCGCGCUUACCAUCGACCUGCCAAUUUAGACACGCGCUGUCAAUUGACAGUCGAGUUAACCCUCGUUAGCCUUGCUGCGUCUCGGCAGCCGUACGAAAAUGGACGACCGAUGAACAAUCACUGGAGCAUAGACGUCGAUCGAUCGCUUUCGUAUACGUUCGUCCGACCUGCGUCUCUACCGAUCGCGCUCUUCUCGAUUUCGUAUCGCGGAUCUCGCACCUUUGCCUCGGCUCUCGCUGCUAAACUCUUUCUCUCUCUCUCUCUCUCUCUCUCUCUCUCUCUCUCUCGUUUGCUCUACUUCUGUUUCCUUCUUGGAUCGAUAGGUCGCGAGAACGAUCGCGUGAUCGCGAUCGACCUCACGCGCUACGUAGUUUUAUGUCGAUGAAACGCCGGACAAGUACCCGUACGUUUGAAACAGCGGUGCGAUACGUUGGACGAAAUGCUCCGUGAAUUAACUCGCGGCGUGCACGCGUUCGUCACGCGAGUACGAGGAUCCGAGCGAUCGUCGGCCCCGUGGCGGUCGCGCUGCGCCGCGUUGCGUCGUGCCACGAUCCUACGUACAAGGUUCGUGCAACCAUACGGCAACUAGAGACCGAAUCGAUCUUUCUUUCGAAUAUCAGGAAUCGUGACGUAACGCGAGCCGAACAAUGACGCACAAGACGAAUCGGAAUGAACGCCACAAUCGGUGACACGAUAGCAAACGUCGCGUUCUCGAAUACCAUGUUGCAAGCUGGCGACCACGAUUCCGUCACCGGCCGCCCCCUUUAUCGUCGUUAUCCGCACCAUGAUCCAUCGUCCAUCGACCCGAAACGCCGACUUCCCGACGCUAUGGAACCCACCGUCGAAAUCCACGAUGUUUCCAUCGACUUGCCGCUAACCGCUAUAUCCUCGAUCGGAAGCACGCCGACGCUCGAAUCGGCCGUAACCACCACGGCGACCGCAUCGUCGGAGAGCUUGCGCGUCGAGACGGACAACGAGCAAAGCGUUUACAGCGUCGCCUUGCUUGACCGAUGCACGGAUCUCGUGACUCGUAACGAUUCCGUCUGUGACAGACAACGCUAUGCCUCUUCCACUUGGUUCUCUCUUGUUCGUCGACGAUGUUCCAACAUUCGCGAUUGGCUGCCAAGGAUGUGUUCCUGCCUGGACGCCGACAACGCGCAGUUUCUCGGUCCAUCCACGUGCAGCCGGUAUCAACGACUCAGUCCUAGGAGGAAUCUGUUCGAGCUCGCCUACCGAUCGAUGAACAGAAAUCGAACGCCAAAAAGAUUCGCGCGACCGGACGAAAGCGAGGAAGACGAGGAACAGACGGAGGAAUUACGUUUUUACUGCGACGACGACGCUUGCUACGACGUGAUCGUCGAGCACGAUCUUCGUGCCAUCGACUUGUGCAAACUUCUGAAAGCGAAAAGAAGUACGGCGGGAGUGGACUGGUCGAUCGUGGAGACAUGGCCGGAGCUAGGAAUAGAGCGCGCCUUGGAGGACCACGAGGACAUUUUGGCUGUGCACAGGGAGACGAAAACGUUUUCCGCGGAGCGCGCACGGAAAUUUAUCUUUCGCGAAGAUUGCCUCAAGUACGAGUUCUUCCACGAUCCGGAGCUCUUCCUUUCCACCGAGAUGAUCGACGUUCCCACCGUUUUCGCCGAAGACUGGCACGCCUUGGACGAAACGGAAGCGGCAUUACGAGACUAUCUGGAGAACGAAGAGAUAGCGGAAUGUCCAGAGGUAUUCGGUUUAGCGUGGAUACAGAACGGACGCUUGAACAUUUGGAGGAAGAUCUGUUUGCUUCUUCGAGACGGAGAGCUCUACCACGCGAAAAAGAAAAGCGAACGAGCGUUUCCGUUCGCCCACUUGUCGGAUUACGCGGUGUACAAGAUCACGAACGCCAGGAAGAGAUACAGAGCGCCCUUCCCCUGGGGCAUCUGUCUCAGGUCGACCAGCACCGCCCCCAAAUCCAAAAUCACCGCGGAGCGUGGAGAAACCGGACUCAAGGUCAUCGCUUUUCACAGUGAAAAAUCCCGCGCCUGCUGGCUAACGGCCAUGAGGCUCGCCAAGUACGGCAAGCAACUCAGGGAAAACUACAGAGCAUUUAAGAACAAACAGUGCGAGCAAACCGACAGCCCAAAGGAUCGAUACGUCAACUACAACGUAUCCAAUGAAUCGGUGCGAUCUCGCGUGGCCAUGGAUUUUACCGGCAGCGUCGGAAGAAUCGUGGACGACCCGAAGGAAGCGAAGAACAUCGCGGAAAGCGAGGGUAUGAACUGGCGACGAACCUGGAGGCCAUUCUCGAGACCGCCGCCGGGCUGCACGGUGGUUAGACUGCACGGACUCGACGACGGUAUCCACGUUUUGCAACCGUGGUUUCACAGAGGGCUGAAGAGAGAUAUCGCCGCGGCGAUCGUUCGAGACCAGGGUUCGGUCGACGGCGUGUUCCUGGUACGGGAGAGCAAGAGCAAUUUGGGCGCUUACGUGCUCACCUACAAGUACAGCGAGAAGGUGUUUCACGCGCAAAUUCAACCCGUUUUCGACGAACGAUGCAACUGCUGGCUGUACACCCUCGACAAAGGCGUAACCCGGUUCUACGACUUGCUGCAGCUGAUCGAAUUUUAUCAGUUGAACGCCGGCUGCUUGCCCACGCGAUUGACCCACUACGUGCAAAACGGCGUGCCUGAAGUGCUGCCGCUUCCGGUUCCGAUGGCGUUGACGCAGACGGAGGAUGGCGGUGGUUCACCGCCGUCGCCGACCGAGCUCAAUCGACGGCGACUCGGUGCCGCGACCGACGGCACGAUGGCCGAAGGCACCGCGGCCGCUGCCUCGUCGUACACCGUCAGCUACAAGAGCAUCUGAGGAUAGGAAUUCCAGCGGCCCGUCAGCGUCGACGAGCGUUUGGUCGCCACCCAUUGUUCGCUGGAUCACGCCUCUCGACCAAACGGUAUCGCGAACGGGUAUCGCUCCGGCGACGCGAACGUUCGAUCCGCGCGCUCGGGUUGUUGGAGUUUGUGCCUCUGCAGCUACAGCAAGUGGAAUCCGUAGCGCGAAUCGCGUCGCUAGCCGUCCGGCGGAAAGAGAGAGCGUUCGAAGACACGAGAAAGAAGAAGGAGAAACGGACGAAGGAGAGACGCGAGUUUUAGGCGAAGGGGCCGAGAGCGUCGCGGCGUCGCGUUUCUCUGCGGUUCUCGCGAGCGGUUCGUCGCUGUCGGCGAACGGAUUCGUUCGUCGAGGAUGGCCGGCUUUUCGAAAAUCGGCUUUGAUAGCGGUUGAUCAAUCCCGAUGUUUCGAGCCGGCGCCUCGACGGUUGCACCGACAGACGCGCCUGUCACGUUCUCACGGAUCGAUUCGUCGAUGCGCGCGAGCUCGUCUACGAGUAACGCAGAGCAAACGCGUAGCCAGCGGCGCGACGACAGAGCGGAGAAUACCCGCCAGAGUUGGCGCUCGUUACGCAAAACGACGUUAAUAUUAAGACGAUCAUUAUCGAUGCAAAUUACGAUAAAAUAUAUAUUUUGUACGAACGGUAGCAGAACGGACGAUCGAGUCGCGUUCCCUGAGAUCUCGACGUUCGGGCGGAGAACAAUAAAAGUUAAUCAACAACGGAA